GGCUCAAUCAAACUAUGCUGCAUAAAAUCCAAUAUAAAUACUUCAUCAUCAAGCUCCCUUCCAACCAUCCAAACCAUCCAUCAUGACCGAACGCAAAGGUAGAACCGUUGGCGGCACAGAAUGCAGCUGGUGCAAGGCGGCUCGCGGCGGCACCGGGGUCGCCGUCAUAACAUUACGCUCUUCAAAACCACCAAACACACACCGUCUCCAAACAGCACUCCACAAACUCCAAAAUUCCCAUCCUAUCCUCAGGUCCACUCUUCUCCAACACACAAACACCUUCUCCUUCCUCACAUCCCCCACACCCUUCCUCCAACUAACAACUCACGAUCUCUCCUCAAACCAAAACAACACAAACGACUCCAUUUCACUUUCUCCUCUCCAACAAAUCCUAGAACUUGAACUCAACAACGACAGCGAGUGGCGCGACGCAAAGCGUGACUCAACCGAAAUGUUUUUCGGCAGUGUUUACGCACUGCCGAACAACGUUUGGGUUGUUGCAUUGCGGCUCCACGUCGUUGCAUGUGACCGCACGACCGCGGUGUCACUUUUGGGAGAGUUGCUUGAGCUGAUGGAAGAAAAGGAAGAGAUCCUUAGUGAAGAAAAUGAUAAGAAAGUUAAACAUGAGGCUAGUUUGGCUAUUGAAGAUCUUGUUCCUCGUGAGAAAACAAAGAAGGCUUUGUUAGCACGUGGUUUUGACAUGCUUGGUUACUCACUCAACUCACUUAGGUUAACGAAUAUGAAAUUUUGUGACACCAAAGCAACGAGGUUUUCACAAGUGGUAAGGUUGCAACUUAAUCAAGAUGACACUAAGGGGGUUCUAGCUGGUUGCGCUUUGAAUGGGAUAAAAGUGUGUGGGGUAUUGAGUGCUGCGGGGUUGAUGGCUGCCCAUGGCUCAAAACGUGGUUCCAAGAAGUAUGGUAUUGUUACUCUCACUGAUUGCAGAUCCACACUCCAAUCUCGUCUCUCCGACAAUUUUGGUUUUUACCACUCUGCCAUUCUCAAUUCCCACGAGAUGAAAGGAGGGGAAACUCUAUGGGAGCUUGCAAAGAAAACCUAUGGAGCCUUUGCAAACUCAAAGAAAUGCAACAAACAUUUUUCAGAUAUGGCAGACUUAAAUUUUCUGAUGUGCAAGGCCAUAGAGAAUCCAGGGUUGACACCAUCUUCUUCGUUAAGAACGGCGAUCAUGUCGGUGUUCGAGGACACGGUUAUAGACGACAGUAUAAAGAAGCAAAGAGAGGUUGGUGUAGAGGACUAUAUGGGAUGUGCUUCUGUUCAUGGGGUGGGUCCAUCUAUUGCCAUUUUUGAUACCAUAAGAGAUGGAAGCUUGGAUUGUGCUUGUGUGUAUCCAGCACCAUUACACUCCAGAGAACAGAUGCAAGAGGUUGUUGGUAAGAUGAAGGCUAUCCUUAUUGAUGCUGCUAAGACAUUCAAGAAAUGAAAUUAAUCUCAUCAUCACUGCCUUAAUUAUUGGAUUAGUAUUUAUUAGAUUAGAGGUUGUAUUUCAUCUAUUAAGGAGUUAUAUUUUGGGUUUUAAAUUAUAGGUUAAAGCGUGAGAAAUGUAUUGUCAUGCUAUGAUGUUGAGUUUAUAUAUGUAGAGCGUUGCUAUAUAAAGUGAACGUCCCUUUCACGAACAUAAUGUCACCGUUAGAUAAUCCUGUCACACAAUACAUGAACGGAUGGAUGUAAGUACAAGACUUUGCUACAACGGACAUGUACAAUAUCAUGAUGCCAUCGGGAUAAAUUUGUCGCGAUUUGUAGCAUUUGCAUAUAUGAUAUCUAUUAUGUAUAACUGUUUUUAGGGUUUACUAAUCUUGAAUAAAAUUUAUGCAUAAUUGUACAACAUUAUUUUACUCGGGCAUCAUGGAAUUAAUGUAUAAAU